CGCGCACACAUGCAAAACGAAGCAUGUGCAGGCAUGCGUACAAAUGGACACGCGCCUUUUGCAUAUGCUUGCAUACAUGCACAUGUACAUGUCAAGCAGCUCAGUUCAAGGUCAUGGGGAGGCCAAAUGCUAAAACACAUUUGCUGUACAAAUGGCAGGCGGAGCUGGGCGAGGAUUGCUUCGAGCCCCACAAUGGCUACAUGCACUGCACCUUGUGCAACAGAUUGUUAACUGCCAAUCGGCGCGUGCAGCUAGUGCGGCAUUUGCACUGCUCUGGCCACAUGCAGAACGAGUUCCAGGCAGCAAAACACGAACAACAACAAAAGGGAAACAGUACAACAACAAAUGCCGAAACGGAUAGCUUUGUCGAUGUUGUGGGCGUGUCGGACAUUGAGGAUGCGUCCCAAAAUGAGCGCAGCUUUCAGCUGGACCUAUGCGCCGCUUUGCGCUCUGCCAACAUACCACUGUGCGUACUGGACAAUGGGCGAUUCCGGCAAUUUCUGGGCAAAUAUACGCAUCGGGCCAUACCCGACGUUGCCGACAUUUAUUGGGCGUGCGUGUCAGAAAUACAGACUAAAUAAAUUGAACGAAACUAAA